AUGGCUGCCCCUCAAACCCGAAUCAUAGAUCAACAUGUUCUCGAUGAGCACCAUCCUUCAAUCAACGUUCAAAUACUGCUUGAAUCCGUCCUGACGGCUGAGCUCAUUGAGAGCUUGUUUGCCGGUGGAGCCACUACCACAUCUGACCCCUCCAAUCGUCGCGUCGGACUCGCGCCGGCGUAUACGACGUCUGGAAAUCUGACGGCUUUGGCGAUUGGAACUGCGCGGAAGAUCUUGGUCGUCCAGUUUCACGCGAAGCGCAGGGCGGAGACCAAUAAGGCCGGACGCGAGCUCUUGCAGGCCGCAGUACUCUGCAAUCCUGACUGCACAGUCUACACGUUCGACCUUGCUCCUCUCGCUGCUGCGAUGUACUACGACCAUCGUCUUCGUUUGGUUAAUGCCGUUAAUAUCGGGAGUGCUUGCGCUGGAACAGGAGACGAUUCCCCACUCGCGGCAAUCCAGUUUGCAGUUGGCGACAAAGUUACUGUUAUCAAAGAGAAUGUCACUGGGUUGUUCAAUGAUCUAGUCUGGGACCAGAGACGCACCACUCACCUUGCAUUGCGAGCAUGGGUUGCACAUUAUGUAUCUGGCAUCAGCGAUAUGGAGGAAAAAUUCCGAGAGGUGAAGAGAGUAAACACAAAGGACAUGAAUGAUGUUUUGCUUGAGCUCAUCUCGCGGUUGGCACGUGGUGACCAGGAGAUCACUACGAGAGAAGAUGCAAUGGUCAAUCAUGAAUUCACUACCAAUCGAGUUCGCCAGGACACUUCAAGUGUUAAUGCAACUCGCUUCCAGACCAGAUUUCGAAAGUCCAACGACAUUCGUGCGACAGUUAAGGACAAGAAUGGGGCUGAAUAUAUCAUUCCUGGCAAGGUACAUGAUGUCAUGGGUCGCACAGCAGACAUCAAGACUGCUGCCCUUCUGGAUGGAAAGAGCAUCACUUCUAUGAUCACCAUUGAUGGUAACCGGCCUACCUAUGCUGGUAGGCAGAAGGCUGCUGCAAUUCUUCAUGUUCUUCAAGGAGAAGAUGGUCUUUUCAAGAAUCCCUUCCUGAACUAUAUGUUCUUGCCUUCAGACAGCUUUACUUGGCCUGAGACCUUUAUUUCAUCUCCAACAAUCCCCUCUAUCUCAUUCACUCGGCCUCUUAAUCCAUCUCAGCAGGAAGCUGUGGAGCACAUGCUCACAAUGGCAAAUGAUCAUUACAUCACUGUGAUCCAGGGACCACCUGGUACAGGGAAGACCACUGUAAUAGCUGCUUUUGUCUGCUCUUCAGUGACUGCUGGUGUGGGUGGCAUCUGGCUUGCUGCUCAGUCUAAUGUUGCAGUCAAGAAUAUAGCAGAAAAACUUGCUGAUGUUGGAUUCAUGGACUGGAAACUCCUUGUAUCUGCUGAUUUUGAAUUAGGAUGGCAUGACCAUCUAUAUCACAAGAUCUCUCGCAAUGUUAUUCGGUCUACUGAGUUCAAGAGUGCUCAAAAGCAUCUCCAAGGCUGUUCUGUUGUCCUUUGCACCUUGGCCAUGUUAUCUAACCCUCGUGUGAAGAAGUUCUUAUCCAUUGUACCAAUGACAACUCUUGUUAUUGAUGAAGCCAGUCAAAUCACUGUGUCUGACUAUAUUCCUCCCUUGUCAAAUUUUCCCACCAUUAGAAAACUAUGCUUCAUUGGUGAUGAUAAACAAUUGCCUCCCUAUGGGCAAGAUGAAAAUGAAGAACGCAAAAGUAUAUUUGAAGUUCCUCACCUACGUUCUUUAGCUCUCUUUCUGGAUACCCAAUAUCGAAUGCCCCCACAAAUUGGGGAAUUUAUCUCUGAUGCAGUGUAUGAUGGACAACUGCAAUCAAAUCCACUUCAUCCAGUCCCAAUCUCUGAUAAGCUCACUGCUUGCUACUUCAUUGAUGUUGAUGGUGGCCGUGAAAGGCCCAUGGGUACUAGCUGGCUUAAUACUCUGGAACGUCAAGCAGUACUAAAAAUUGCAUCAAGACUUCAAACUGAGAAUAAGAACUAUCGUAUUAUUACUCCAUAUGAUGCUCAGCGAAGUGCUCUGGAGGAUGAUAUGAAGAAGGCUGGUAUGCCAUGGGAGGAUAAGUGCUUCAAUGUUGAUUCCUUCCAAGGCAAUGAGGAGGACUACAUUAUUAUCUCUCUUGUCCGAUCUGCACAGUUAGGCUUCUUGACAGAUGUCAGACGCACAAAUGUCAUGCUGAGUCGCUGCAAGAGAGGCAUGUUUGUCUGCUCCAGCUGGAACUUUGUGUUUGGAAUUGCUCUAAACUCUUUGGUUGGAAGAAUGGCUUCACAGUUUGGAGAUCAUGCAUGGAUUGGCAUGCGACACUUGGAAGAGGAUAACUAUCAGAUUUGA